CUGAACUGAUUACAAGUUGUUCUUUGUGUUAUUUAUACCCUUUGGAAUCAUUAAAUCGACUAUCGAAUUAGAUGAAAGAGAACAAGAACUUAAUUAAAAGUGCAAAUUACAUUUUGUAAUGAAAAUGUUUAAACGUACGAUUGGAUUCGGUAAUGCAACUUCAAUUCGUCAUUCCAUUUCGAUUAAUAAUAUUGUGCAAUGUAGAAUUCAUUUCUUUUUUGUGCAUAAUGUUUACAGAAUAGAAAAUAUAAUAUCGUUAUUCAUUAUCGAUAUUAACUCGAGUAAGAUCUAGUGUGUGAUGGCAUGUGCGCGCUCGCGAGAGUGCGAGCAAAGCACCCGCCGCCAGUUCAAGCCAAAGCGACUGAUUUGUACUGCUUGUUGUUGUUACGAAUCGUUAGAUUUUUUUUUAAAGCGAAAAUUUUCAAUUAUCUCGAGUCAGUUGCUUACGAACCGUUAGAGCGAUAGGUUUCAAACCGAACAUUGUUUCCUUUACAAACGGCCGUACCGAUUUCGCGAAACAACAGCCAAACACCAUUCGGUGUGUGUCAGAUGGAAUUUGGUGUGUGAUCGAAACCAAACAGUUAGACAUUCGAUCAAUUUGUGAGCGAUUGGCGCUAGAUCGCUUCAUUCGAUUUUGAUUGUUGCUGUUGUUGUGUGUGACCGCGUGCGCGAUCAUUUUUCGAUCUCGUUCGUUGGCUGUUUAUUUUAUUUUUCUCUCUCUUAUUGUUUUUUUUUCUGUUUUCUGCCGUGUUCGAUUCUUGUUAAGCAGAAAAAAGAAUUCUUGGUUUUGUGCCAUUUUGGUUGCAAUCUUAACCGAUUAAACUCGCGAAUUUGAUCAGACAAAGCGAAAUCGUAUCCGAUUUAAACGACGGUGCGCCCCCUCGCCUUCCCCGUAAAACCAAAAUCAUUCACAACACAAAGUAGUGCAAGCAAUCACAUAAAUCUCGCGAUCGCGACAAAUUCAAAUUUGUCAAACAACUUUGCCGACGAAAACGACAACGGUGACGACGGUGGUGACGACGACGACGACCAUCAGUGCAAAACGAAUCAAGAAAGAAUGUUUGUCAAGAAAUAUCAAUCAUUUUCUGUAAUUAUUCUGUUAUGUUUGCUGAGUGUGAUUGCCAACGGCCACAAAUGUGUUCUCAAUCCAUACUAUCAUCCAAUUUGCGGCAGCGAUAUGAAAACCUACGGUAACAAAGACCUAUUGGACUGUUUCAAUCGUCAACGGCCACGAAAUCGACAUGUUCGAAUCAUAUAUCAUCGUGAGUGUGAUCCGCUUGUUUGUCCGAGUUAUAGCGAUUUGCAAGGACCGUGGCCUGAACAGGCGCCAGUGUGUGCGAGUAACGGUUACACGUAUGGUCACAUUCAUCAGGUGCGAUGUCUACGCGAUUUACAACCAGAUAUUCGAGUGCUUCACGAAGGCGGUUGUACAUUACAUGAGACGUAUCGAUCGCUAGGCCGUAAUGCCCAUGUGAAAGCAUGCUCAUCGUCACGUCGAUUAUUUGAGAAAAACCCAAUUUGCACCAGCUACAAUCACACGUACGAGAAUCCAUUUCAGACCAUUUGCUCGGCCGGUGGUUUGCAACAUGUGCGAGAAAAGGUUGGCGGUGCAUGCGGAAAUCCGGUACAGAAGAGCUGCGAAAAAGUACGCAAAAUGCAAGAAUCACUCAAAACCGCAUCGAUUACUGAACGUACCAAGUUUUUAGCCUGCGGCAGCGAUCUACGCACCUAUCGAUCUGAACAUCAUCUCGAUUGCUCAAGACCAUAUAAUCGAUAUUUGUUCUUGUCUCAUUUCGGUCGUUGUGAUGAUUAUGCUGACAUUUGCCCCGAGAAAUUAAAGUACAUUACAGUCGCAUCACCAGUAUGCGGAACCGAUGGCCAUUCAUACAUUACAUUCGAAGCACUGCUUUGCGCUCGAUACAGAAUGAACAAAAAUUUGAAUUACCUACAUUCGGGUGCGUGUAUUUAAGCAUUCCAUGCCGUUGCAAUUGGUCGUCGAUCGUGAACGGUGGUUAUUUUCAAUGUCACCCAUCAAUCAACUAAUAAAAGCUUCUAAUUUGGAUCGGAGUCAAUUUCCGUCAUCAAAUUUCGCUAAUUCCAUGGCGAUUCUCUAUUUCCUCUUCUUCUUUAUUUUUGUAAAUGUAACAUAGUAAUUUAGUUGAAUAACCAAUGUAAUCCAAAAUUUAUCACCGAACAAAAUAUCAAAACAACCUGUGUAAUUUAUUUGAAAUGUUCGAAAAAAAUUUUAUUCAAUAAAAAAAAAACGCUUGAAAUUGGA